UCUCUGCUUGUGACAGUCAGAACUGCUCAUGUGAUUUUACGAUACGUAAUUCAUCUCUGGGAUCUCAACCAUGAAGGAACGUGGGAGGGCAAAGGCACUUACGUCUACUACACAGAUUUUGUCAUGGAGCUAACCUUGCUUUCACUGGACUUGAUGCAUCAUAUUCAUAUGCUGCUGUUUGGCAAUAUCUGGUUGUCAAUGGCGAGCCUGGUGAUUUUUAUGCAGCUGCGCUACCUGUUUCACGAGGUUCAACGAAGAAUUCGGCGGCACAAGAACUACCUGCGUGUGGUUGGAAACAUGGAAGCUAGGUUUGCAGUUGCAACACCAGAGGAGCUAGCAGUCAAUAAUGAUGACUGUGCCAUUUGCUGGGACUCCAUGCAGUCUGCACGUAAACUCCCUUGCGGCCAUCUCUUCCACAACUCAUGCCUGCGGUCCUGGCUGGAACAAGACACAUCUUGCCCCACCUGCAGAAUGUCUCUUAAUAUCACUGACAGCCAUCAUGUGAGGGAGGAUCACCAAAGGGAAAAUCUGGAUGAGAACCUGGUCCCCGUGGCAGUAGCAGAAGGCAGACCACGCUUGAACCAGCACAAUCACUUCUUCCACUUUGACGGCUCUCGAAUUGCCAGCUGGCUGCCCAGUUUUUCAGUAGAAGUGAUGCAUACUACAAACAUCCUCGGUAUCACACAAGCCAGCAACUCCCAGCUUAAUGCUAUGGCCCAUCAGAUUCAGGAGAUGUUCCCUCAAGUUCCCUAUCAUUUAGUUCUACAGGAUCUGCAGCUAACCCGUUCCGUAGAGAUCACCACUGACAACAUCCUAGAAGGGCGCAUCCAGGUACCUUUCCCCACACAGCGUGCAGAUAGUAUUAGACCUGCAUUGAACAGUUCUGUGGAACGGCACAGUACUGAUCAGGAGGAUACUGAAACUGUCACCCAGACCGAAAGAGUGCCACUUGAACUCAAUUCAAGACUGGAAGAAGUAGUGGAAUUCAGUGAAAUGGAAGCAGAGCCUAGUGAAGCAGAAGAUUUUGAGGCCAGGGGAAGUCGCUUUUCAAAGUCAGCUGAUGAAAGGCAGCGUAUGUUGGUUCAGCGGAAGGAGGACUUGUUGCAGCAAGCUCGAAAGCGUUAUUUAAACAAAACCUCUGAUGAGGAGUUGACCACAGAGAAGGCCUCUCCUCUGCCUGAGGGAGCAUCUGCCGAUCCCGUCACCCUGCGUCGCAGGACGCUCGCUGCUGCCGCCGAACGGAGACUUCAGAUGCAGCAAAACUCUUAGCGCUCAUUUCCCCUCCUUCCUCCUCCUCAUGAGCAAUGUUGAAUAAAUAAACGAAAUAUGAA